UGUGUGUGUUGGCAAAUUGAGAAGGCGUUCGGAGACUUGUUCGCCAUUCAUUUUGUGAGUUUUUACUGAUUGAGACACGCAUCUCUGCAUCUGCUCUAUUUUUUUGCACAAGUAAGGAACAGUUUUUUGUGGUGUGGCUUCAGAGUUUUCUCUUCGUGCUGAAGAUUGUUGUAAAAUAAAAUUUCUGUUGCACAGCUAAAAGGAUAAUAACAAGGAAGAAAAAUGGUGUCAGUGGAGACGAUUGGUUCAGUUUUUCUCAAAGUGUUCAAAUUGGUGCUGAACAUUGUCAUUCUCAUCCUCUACCGCACUGGCUAUGGUGGCGACUUUCUGGGCGUCGGUGGCACAUGGAACCUCAACGAGGAGAAGAGUCCCGAUGCAGAGAUUGUGGCUUCUGGUGUGAUUGUGGGUUUCAUGAUUUACACUUCAGUGCAACUCAUAACGUAUGCUUUCGGAACAACGGCGCACAAGAGAGAGCUGUCGGACACCAUCAUGAACGUUGUGGGUACGUUCAUGUGGGUGGCAGUGGGCGGAACUGCUCUACACUAUUGGCACGGCUACAUGCCCGACCACGACUUCCUGCAUGUGGCCACAGAGCGGCAAGUGGGACUCGCCAUGGGCGCGCUGUGCAUCAUCUCGGGCGCCCUUUACCUGGUGGACACCGUUCUGGCGUUCGUGCACUUUGCCAAGGAUGCCUAAGACUACAUCACGCCACAUUCAUCACACCUCAGCCAUCAACAGACAGAAUGACAUCAUGGCAAUAGACAAGCAUCCUCUCUUUAGGACCUCAGUCACAAUGCAACAAUUGCCAAUUUCACUGGUUUUUAAGUGUAUUCUUUCACUAAUUAUAAAUUACCUGUAAUCAGGUGUAAUUGAAUUUUUU